AUGCUAGUGUACAAAACCACCAUAAAACCAAUCUGGACUUACGGGAUACAACUGUGGGGAACGGCCAGCAACAGUAAUAUAGAUAUCUUGGAGAGAUUCCAGACCAAAGCUCUGAGAACAAUGUUUGGAAUCCCUCGUAGUAUAAGUAAUAGAUACUUAUACCUCGACCUCGGCCUAAAAACAGUUCGACAGGAAGUAGCUCAAAACAGCCUGAAAUACCAGGAGAAGCUGACCGCCCAUGUAAACAAACUGGCACACGCUCUGAGCGGAGAAGCCGCUCUUCAGCAUACCCGGCUAAAAAGAAGUGACGUACCGAGCCUACAUAAAAGAUUUACCACCUGA